ACUUCUCCAGUAACAAAGUCAGCUGUGCUUGCUGUUCUGGGCACACAUCAUGACCCAGACAACCAUGGAGAGGCAUUGGAGACUCUAAAGGAGACACUAGCAGAACAGAAGCAGGAGAUGUUGAACCUGAAGAUGGAACUUCAAGCCAAAGACAGCCAAAUCCAGUUGCUUGGGAAGGAACUUCAUGCAUACACUACAGAUGCAUUAACCCCAGAGUGUCUAAACAACAGUCAUGUACCUGAGUACUUCCACUACUGCACUGAAUUCACCUAUGAUCAGUUCAACAGCUUAUGUGAAUUUUUCAAACUCUCAAAGAAAUAUGGAUCUGUAUUCACUGUGUACUUUGGACCGAAGAAAGUGGUGGUCCCAGCAGGAUACACGACAGUCAAGCAGGCACUAAUCAACCAAGCACAAGAGUUUGGGGAGAGAGAAAUUGCCCCGGUUUUUAUGGACAUCAAUCAAGGACAUGGAAUUCUAUUUGCCAAUGGAGAUUCAUGGAAAGAAAUGAGACGUUUUGCCCUGACUAACCUGAGAGACUUUGGAAUGGGCAAGAAGGCAGCUGAGGAGAAAAUCAUGCAAGAAUGCCAAUAUCUGAUCCAAGAAUUUGAGAAAUAUGAGGGCAAAGCAUUUGACACCAAACAUCUGCUGAAUUAUGCUGCUUCCAAUAUGAUCUCAUCCAUCGUAUACGGUAGCAGAUUUGAAUACAAUGACCCGCAAUUCCAAGCCAUGGUGGACAGGAUCAAUGAGAAUAUACGUCUAGCGGGCACAGCACCAAUCCAGCUGUACAAUAUGUUUCCCUGGCUGGGCAGCUGGAUAAAGAGCUGGAGGAUGCUGAUGAAGAAUAUCAAAAUGAAUGUAAGAGAAACUAGGGAUGUAAUCAGGCAUCUGAAAGAGACACUGAAUCCCCACAUGUGCAGGGGAAUUGUGGAUUCCUUUCUGAUCCGUAAACAAAAAGAGGAGAAUUCAGGAGUCCUGGACUCUCACUACCAUGAGGAGAACCUGAUAGUCACAGUUAACAACCUGUUUGCUGCUGGCACUGAUACAACAGGAACUACGUUGAGAUGGAGUCUGCUGCUGAUGGCCAAAUAUCCACAUAUACAAGACCAGGUCCAGGAGGAGCUGAGCAGGGUAAUAGGAAAUCGUCAGGUUGUGGUAGAGGACAGGAAGAACCUGCCCUUUACUGAUGCCGUCAUCCAUGAGACCCAGAGACUGGCCAGUGUCACCCCCAUCGCGAUUCCUCACAUCACCAGCCAAGAUGUCACCUUCCAGGGUUACUUUAUCAAGAAGGGGACAACUGCAUAUCCUUUGCUGAUAUCUGUCCUUAACGAUGAAAGUGAAUGGGAGAGCCCUCACACAUUCAACCCAGCACAUUUCUUAGAUGAGAAUGGAAAAUUUGUGAGAAAUAAUGGAUUCAUGCCCUUCUCUGCCGGUCGCAGGGUAUGUGUAGGGGAGAGCCUGGCCAGGAUGGAGCUCUUCCUCUUCUUCACCUCCCUCCUGCAGCGCUUUCGUUUCACCCCUCCACCUGGGGUGACAGAGGAAGAACUGGAUCUGACUCCAGCAGAGGGCUUCAACCUCUGCCCUGCACCUCACCAGCUGUGCGCUGUCAAACAGUUUUAGGGGAAAGUGCUGGAGCAUUUGUUUCUAGACAAAGAUAAAUAGAUAAUUAAAUAAACAGAGAACGAACGCUGAUUCUAAAAACGUGAAGUGUCUGGUUUUCUGUAAAUAUGGAAAAUUGUUUUACAUGUCAAUUUUUUUUGUCAUUUCGCAGACCCUUUCAUCUAGAG